CGAUGCUUGGUUUGUUAAAAUGCCAGUUUCGGAUCACUUCGAAUGAUUAGAAUAUUACGCAAAUUACUUUUUUCAAACUCAACCUUAUAAUCUUGACAUAAAGUCGACUGAUUAAUAAAGUUGUAGCUCACAUUCUGAAAAGAUAAAAAAUAUUUUGCACUCCCGUAUAAUAGAUAUGUACUGAGAACUGUUAAACAGUUAAUCGCUUGACUAAACUAGUGAAAAAUUCAAACAAUAAGGUGAUUAUCUUAUCGAAGUAAACCGCAUUAACGCUGAUGGUUGUACGCUAAGUAUUUUGAAAUUGAAAUCCACUUAUAUUAUUCAAUGAACAAUUUUUUCGUCAUUCUUCCGAAUUUAUAUGUUGAUGAGCUCACCAAAACUGCUUGUGCUGAAACUUUGUUGAAUUGCCGCGCAAACUUUAGUUUCCGAAAAAGCCGUGUCGGGGACUGUAGCAAGGGCGCGCUUGUGAAUGAGGAGUGCAAUUGUCGAUUGGUCGCGCGUAGUACACUAUCUAUUAGUAGUAAACAACACACACGAUUUGUGUAGUAUAUUUUCUAUAGACGCCAUAUUGAAAAGCGUGCAAAAGAACUCGUUGCGUGUUUGUUAGUAGUUGAACACUUCGCGCGAUACUUUUUAGCGUAUGUACGCUACGUUUUUGUCCGAACCACUCGUUUUUUAGUUCAAUAGUACAUCAGUAAAUUUGUAAUAAUAUAGGGGUACUAUUGCUUCGAGUGGCGAUGCAUCGAAGCACGUUAGUGUCCGAGGGUUAAGCGGUGGUACGCCAGACGAAAUUAUGUGAAAGAAAAUGUGAAUAACAAUCUACAGUAGAUCGAAUGAGCGUGUGUUUUUUCCUAUUAUCCAAAUUACUCGUGAUUUGCGGGCCAACGUCGUUACAAGUUGAUAUCCCCAGUUGAUGCCGUUUGAGGUUAUAACCGCCGUAGCGUUCAUCUUACUUUUCUAUUCCUCAUAAUAACGCGCGUUACUCACGCGUUUUUCACGCGUUACGCGAUCGUAGGAUGAACUUCUCCGAAGCUAAUAGCAUACAUGGUGGUUUGCCUCAAUUUGCCGAGUUAACCCCAAAAUCGAGUGGUGAAUUAACGAGUGGAAUGCAACAAGCGCAAAACAUUAUUUAUACUACUGCAGCGGCCACAAUGAAUCACGGGAAACAACCGAUCGUGGUGAGUCAACAAAACAAAUAUCCUGGAAGUAUAGUUGGUUGGCCAGAUCCUAACACAUUGAUGCAACUUUGCGAAAAGCAAAAUAUUCAGACCAUCAACAUUCCCAACUACAAUAGCCAAAGUAACUCGCCGUUAGUAGGAGUUCAGGCAAAUGGCUUGCCCCUAAGACUUAUGCCCAACAUGUAUUUGCCGGCAACCUCUCAAUCCGAUGUUAUUGUCAAACAAGAACCCACACAAGUCAGACAAAACUCAACCACAGUCGCUAAUGCAGGGUCGAAUGUGGCCUCGCACAUGCAGCUUCAACAGCAGAGCGCAGCAAUGGCGGAAUAUUUGCAAAAACUGCAAGCAACGACGUUGCCUCUGACGCUUCAGCAGCUGAUGAAGCUCCAGUCGGAUCCGUUGAAGGUUCGUGAAAAGUGUGAAGAGAACGAAAAAAACGAGCAAGCAACAAACAAUAUACUAAACAUUCCGAGCGUCCCGGUAUUCCGUAACGGUCAAGCAACCCAUAAUGGUAAUGGUCAGUAUGUGCAUUCAGAAAAUAUGAUGAUGGAAAUAAACCCUAGUGAUUUGAACGUGCACAUGGAGGGCAACGAAUCAUCCGAAUUAGUUCGUAGCGGAGUGCAUACGCAAACGGAUUCGCAGACUCAGACGCAGCAGGAGAAAACAGAGCAGAGAACGAGUUUGGCGGAGACCGGAAACAAAAGUGAAACAAAGAAAAUGAAGUUUCGAGCGAAAACAGGUGAAAUAAAAAUAGCUCUUGGUCUGGACGGUUCGAUGCUCUAUUGUUGUCCGGAAUGCAGUCUCGCCUUUUCCGACAAAUCUGACAUUGAGCAACACAUACAGGGCCACGUUCAAGAACGAAAAUAUCAAUGUAAAGAGUGCGGAGCUAUGUUGAAACGUAAGGAACAUUUGGACCAACAUAUGCGAGGGCAUUCAGACGAACGACCCUUCAAAUGUCCCGUUUGUCAAAAAGCUUUCAAACGUAACGAGCAUCUGACUCGUCAUUACGUCAUACACUCUGGUGAUAAAAAUUUCACUUGUAACGUUUGCGCCAAGGCUUUCUCGCGUAAGGAUCACCUCAAUAAACAUGCGCAAACUCACCUUGGCGUAAAAAGAACGAAAACCAUUAAAAAGGAAUCUCCAACGACGAUGGAUAACAGUCCUAAAGAUCUCAACGACACAAACAACUCCAUUUUAUCGAACAACGACGAUACUAACAAUCCUCAUCCGAUAAAGCAAGAAAUAAGUUUCUUACAACACAUUCAUCAUCUUCAAAAAGAUCAAAAUUUUAUUCAAACGUUCUCGGCUUUCAAGGAACAAGCUUUGAGAGAAGGUGGUGUCGGUGGUAGCGGUGGCAUGUUGCAACAACAAGCCGUUAAUAUGAACGAAAUAUUACCACAAAACGCGAGGUACCUCAUGCCUUCCCAGUUACAGUCGUGAAUACAUUAGAUCGAUCUUUACAUUUCCGAAUUAUUAGACAAAUUGACUUCGUAAUGUUUAAAAAUAGCAAUAAUUCAUCCCGGCUUACGAGGGGUGUUAUUCCUUGUGGAAUAUCGUCACUUUCCUCACCGAAAUGUCCACAACUCCAUUUUUUCUCAAUUAAAUUAAGGUCAAAGAGGUUCAAGUAGGCAGGAAUCAUCGAAUUAGAACAGCGUCGUUCUCGUACAAUUGAAACCUAAAAGUUUUGCCUACUUGUGAAAUAACUGCUCAGGGAUUUGUGGCCUGAAAAAUCAUCAAAUUUAGCAAGAGAUUUUUCUGACGUUAGUCAUUACUCUUAACAAUGCUCGACUCAUAUUUAUUCAUAUUCGGCGCAAACUCUUGAAAUGGCAGCAAAUACGACCUAAUUUCUAGUAGAAUAAAAUCUUUGCAUCUUUUCCAUUCUUUUUUUCGUUUCAUACUUUUCUCCAUGAGAUUUUCAAAUGCAGCUGUUCCCUACGUCAUUCGUUGUAAAAAAAAAACCAAUACAAUAGCCGACAAUUAAACCUUAUCGCGUGUAAAAUGUACAUGAGAAACGAAAUCUAGAAAAGUAUCUUAAACAUAUUUCAAAAAAACAAAAUGACGGGUUUAAAAUAACAAAAACGAUGCUGCAUUUCAAAGGUGUAAUUUUCAAAACCACAAAAUUAAGGAGUCUGGUGCGAAAUGUAUUUGCAAUCAUCGCCAAUUUCUAAAGUAGAACAGUUUUCAGAAUUUUGUCCACGAGAAAGUGUAUUUUUUCUGCUCAAUCUCCGUUGCCCAGAUAUUUUUGGAAAGCCCUGAUGACGCGAUGAGUUUCGCUGUACAUCAAUAACUGACACGCUUCGUCAAUGCGAUCGUUUUUAAUGAAUAUAAACGCAUAGUGAAUUGGAACAAAUACUAUAAAUAGUGGAUAAGUAUGAUUCUUCGGGAUAUUUUGAUCGGGGGUUAAGAAAAAAUAAACUAACAAACGUGAAAAUAAAACGAAAGGGAGAAGGUGAUAAUAAUCGGUAAAGAUUGCCUUAACAAAGAGAGACGUUUCGGAGUAACGACGAUCGUUUUGUCUCGUUUCCGUUCGUCAUUUCAAAUCGACUGUAACGUUGGCUGUGACGACCUACAUGAUUAAGGUUACUACCAUCGCCGCCACCGAUCAUUACCAGACGAGCAUUAAUCGUCCUUGCCAGCUAAAUUUCAUCGUCGCGUUGUCUUCGCCAAUUGUGAAUUAUUUAUCUCUCAAAUUUUCGAUCUCGUUCCAUUUAUUUUAAUAUAAACAGCUCAAAUAUUCUAAACUUCUCGAUAAGACGAAGAAGAAUCUUACCGAAACUUUUGAACGAACAAUCGUUGAAAAUAAAAUCAUAAAAGCCAAUAUCUUCCAAUCACUUUUCACGUAUUGAUUAUUUAAAUUGUAGUUUUACUUUAGUUUUAUUGGGCAAUUAAGAAACUAUUGUAAACGAAUUUUGUUUUGGAUAAAUUGAGUUAUUUUAUGUGAUACGGGAAGCGUUUCCGGGCGAUUGUUCGAUUCAAAACGACGUUGAACUUUCCAUCGUUGGAAAAUAAGGCAAUUUUUUUGUUAAAUUAACGAAAAAAAGUGUGACCGUCUUUCAGAGCUUUAAACAACGAAUAAACAGUAGAUGGCUCUCGCCAAAAAUAACAUUUUCGGUGCAUUCCAACGAUGCAAACUUUAACAUUCUCAUUCAAAGUUGAACAGUUUAUUAUUAUUUUUUUUUCUUUUCCAUAUCAUCGAUAAAUAAAAAAGAAAAAUUAUUGAAUUUUUGAAAUUUUUUCAUUCUCAUCAUCAGCAUGAGUGAAAAAAACACCCUAAUAAUAUUGCUAGUAUAAAAUAAUGUCAUACUAAGAUAAUUUAUAGAAAUAACUCAACUCGGAAUGAAUCUAGUCUACGAUUGCAAGAAUUUUAUAGUUAAUUUUUUCUUUUUUGGCGAAAAGAGUGAAAAAUAUCACGCGCGCUUAUUUACGCAACGGAUCGAGAAUCGUUCCAUUUUUUACAAGCGUUUUUAAACGGAUUAUUAAAAUCAUUUAUUCUUUUGCAAUUUUGAUAGUGAGAAUUUUAAAAAGAAUUUUAGUUCCGCUUACCACCAGGAUUCAACGUCCUGACGAAGUGAUAAUUGCCAGUGUUCGAUUUGUGUGAACGAACGAGUGGCUCUGACGAGCGAGUAUGCGUGUUUCCGGUAAUUAGGAUACUGCGAGGAACUACUUUGAUGUUCUUUUUUCUCAUAUUCGCAAAAACCUCGGAGUGAAAAUUCGGAAAAGAAUUUUUUUUAAUUUUCACAUCAACAAUUGAUACUUGACUCUUCGGUAGGGAACAUCCGGGCAUAAAUUUUUCGACCGUGAUCGUAACGGACACAGAAAUGACAAAUAUUGAAAAUUGAAGCGUAAAGAUGGACGCGAAAGAGGUUCGAGAAUUUUAUGUUCAAUUUACAAACCGAAAAAUAAUCUAUAUAUUUACUAUUACGAUGGUCGAAUUGGCUAGCAUUUUUUCUCCUCGAUAAACACCUUUUUUCAUCCUACAUUUUAAGUCGUAGAUUAUUUUAAAUUUCUUUGUAAAUGAUAUUAAUUGAGAGACUAUUGUUUCUGGGUGUCUGAAGAAUUUUCACGAGAUAUUUUUUAAUUAGUUACGAGAUCCUUUUGAACUUGAAACUAUAAGAAGGAUUUUCCUUGUUUUAACGAGCCUUCAGAGUGGAAGCUCUGCUGGCUCUUGAUUGCAAAAAAGUAAUAAUCAUUAAAAAUCAGUACUCGAGGGGGUCUGAGACGUAAAAGUAGGAGGGAAAAAAAAUAGUUUAAUGGAAAGUUUGAAGAAUCGGUAGCUCGAAGAAUCGAAAGUCGAUUGCGGGGAUGGUUCCUCCGAAUAAAUGAACGAAUGACGAAUAAAAAAUUCCAUCCUUCGCUACUACCAAAGACUGUUAAGUUCUUACGGCCUACUCCGGUUUAUUAUUUUAAGCAAGUCCGCUUCCACACAAUUUCUUCCUACAGUAACGUCGAAAUAAUGUAAAAAAAAAAAAAAAGAAACAAAAAACAACAACAACAAACGAGAAAUACGAAACAAGCAAAAAAUAAGUUUUUGUGGUAAAGUGGUCGUCGUUUCCACGAUUUUAUCGACCAAGCGGCAGGGUGAAACAUUUUGCUCAUUGCAACAAUCUUCCUGGAGCUGAAAUGCUCGAUGUAACGACGCUUCGGUCCCCAUUCACCGAAGUCGUAGUUUCGAAUGAAACAAACGAAUACGAAAGAGAAUAAUUAUCGAUCAUUGAAAUACCGAACAUUUUCUUAUGAUUAAUGGUAAACGAUUGUACAUGAGAUUGCAUGAAGAUUGCCAAAAUGAUAAUGACCUAGGGAUAGUGAGACAAAUGACACUGUAUUUUUCGCACCCAGAUAUUUUUCAAUAAAAUAAAGAUAGUAAAAAAACGA